CACUGCAGGUCUGCAAUAAUUUUCUCUUUCUAUGAAGUUUCCUAUUUUGGCUUCUGGUAGCAAGUCAAUUCGAGACGCUUCCUUCCAUGAGAGAGAUACAGUAAUUUGUAGACAUACAAUAUACAAACACCCAUACACCCAACACCUUUCUCGAUCUUAUUUUAAAAUUGUACACUUUGGAGCUGGAUCAAAGUCAAUUUCGAUCACAAUUUUGUUCUGCGAAUUUUAGCGGAAGAGGGAUAGCUUAGAUUUGGGUUCUUACCUCUAUAUACUGUCUACGAACACACAUGGUUUUCAAGAUUUUCGGCUGAGUUUUGGUGAGGGGAUAACCUGUGUAUUUGCGUACACGCUCAGAUCAUAUCAUUACGCCUAUGGUCUAGGAAGGUGCACAUAUAGUUUGGGAGUAAAAAUGGUUAGUGGAAAGUUGUUUCACUGUAGAAGGAACUCAUGGCCUCCUGAAGAAUACAUCAAUCGUACAACUUUACAACUUUUUGAUUCAGACAGUGCUUCUCCACCAUCUCAAGCCUGGAGAAGGAAAUUAAACACUCAUGCCAGCAUUCUUAAAGAAUUUAGUGUUACAUUUACAGAAGCAAUAAAAGUGAUUCGUCUUGGCAUACGUUUGUGGUCAUAUGUAAGAGAAGAGGCCUCCCAUGGAAGGAAAGCACCAAUUGAUCCUUUUACUCGAGAACGUUGCCGGCCAUCAGCUUCCCUGGGUGUUCCACUUGGAGGCAUGGGGAGUGGAAGCAUAUCGAGAGGUUUUAGAGGCGAGUUUAGGCAUUUUCAAAUUCUUCCUGCAACAUGUGAGACUUCUCCGGUCAUGGCCAAUCAAUUUUCAAUUUUCAUAUCUCGAGAUGGAGGAAACAAGAAGUAUGCAUCAGUUCUAUCACCAGGCCGCCACGAAGGAUUAGGGAAGCAUAAUGAUCAUGGCAUUUCUUCAUGGGGCUGGAACCUGAGUGGCCAGCACUCCACUUAUCAUGCAUUGUUUCCUAGGACUUGGACCAUCUACGAUGGUGAACCCGAUCCUGAACUUAAAGUGUCUUGUCGGCAGAUUUCCCCGUUUAUUCCGCAUAAUUACAGAGAGAGCAGUCUUCCUACAGCUGUUUUCGUAUAUACCAUUAUUUGGCACCUCAUUAUCAUGGUAAUGGACUAAUGGGUAAAUUCCACCACUGUUAAUAGUCUAGUUA